AUGAUAACUUGGUGUACUGUCUUACGAGCACUUACAGACAUAGAGCUAAAGCGACUGAAAGAUGCCUUCAAGAGAACCUGUGGACUUUCCUGUUAUAUGACUCAACAGUGCUUCAUCAGGGAAGUUCUUGGUGAUGGAGUCCCUCCAAAAGUUGCUGAGGUUAUCUACUGUUCAUUUGGAGGAAUAUCUAAAGGGCUGCACUUCAAUAACCUGAUAGUGGGAUUAGUUCUACUUACGAGAGGCAGAGAGGAAGAGAAAGCAAAAUACAUUUUCAGUCUCUUUUCUAAUGAAUCUGGGAGCUAUGUUGUCCGCGAAGAGAUGGAGAAGAUGCUGCAUGUGGUUGAUGGGAAAGUCCCAGAGUCGCUCAAGAAAUGUUUCUCUGAGGGUGAAAAGGUAAACUAUGAGAAAUUCAGGGUUUGGCUGUUGCACAACAAAGAUGCUUUCACGUUUUCCCGUUGGCUGCUGUCUGGAGGUGUGUAUGUGACACUCACUGAUGACAGCGAUACCCCUACCUUCUAUCAAACCCUGGCUGGAGUCACGCACUUGGAAGAAUCCGACAUCAUCGAUCUCGAAAAACGGUACUGGCUGCUAAAAGCUCAAUCAAGAACUGGACGUUUUGAUUUAGAAACGUUUGCCCCCUUAGUUUCCCCUCCUAUUCAUCCGUCUCUGAGUGAAGGUUUGUUUAAUGCUUUUGAUGAAAACCGAGACAAUCACAUAGAUUUUAAAGAAAUUUCCUGUGGGCUCUCAGCAUGUUGCAGAGGACCCUUGGCAGAAAGACAGAAGUUUUGCUUCAAGGUUUUUGACGUUGACCGGGAUGGGGUGUUGUCUCGCACCGAGCUCAAAGAAAUGGUGGUUGCACUUUUAGAGGUCUGGAAAGACAACCGUACGGAUAAAAUCCCUGAAUUGGACAUGGAUUUGUCUGAAAUUGUAGAAGAUAUUUUGAAUAUGCAUGAUACCACAAAGCUUGGACACCUCACUCUGGAGGAUUAUCAGAUAUGGAGCGUGAAGAGUGCACUUGCCAAUGAAUUUUUAAAUCUACUUUUUCAGGUGUGUCAUAUAGUUUUGGGGCUACGACCCGCCACUCCAGAAGAGGAAGGACAGAUUAUUAGAGGCUGGUUAGAAAGGGAAAGCAGGUACGGCCUCCAGCCAGGGCACAACUGGUUUCUUAUCGCGAUGCCGUGGUGGCACCAGUGGAAAGAAUAUGUCAAAUACGAUGCAAACCCUGUUGUGAUAGAGCCUUCAUCUGUCUUGAGUGGAGGUAAGAAUUCACUCGUAGCUGCGGCAGCCAAUACUUCAGAACAGGGAGAAGACAAAAUGGGAGGUCUUAAUUACUUCAGUGCCACAGAAGAAAAGUUUUCAGAUAAUAUUUCUACUGCAUCAGAAGCCUCAGAGACUACUAGCAGCAAUUCUCUUUACCCUGGCACCCCAGGGGCUGACGUGUGCUUUGCCAGGCAGCACAACACCUCGGACAAUAAUAACCAGUGUUUCCUUGGAAGCAACGGGAACACUUUGUUACAUCUGAAUCCUCAGAAACCAGGAGCUAUUGAUAACCAACCCCUCGUAACACAAGAGCCAGUGAAGGCUGCAUCAUUAACAAUGGAGGGUGGAAGGUUAAAGCGAUCCCCACAGUUGGUUGAAGGAAAGGACUACAUAAUGGUACCAGAACCAGUUUGGAGAGCACUUUACCAUUGGUAUGGAGCAAAUCUCUCCUUGCCCAGGCCGGUGAUCAAAAACAGCAAAACCAACGUGCCUGAGCUGGAGUUAUUCCCUCGCUACCUGCUCUUCCUGAGGCAGCAGCCGGCCGCUCGCACGCAGCAGUCCAACAUCUGGGUCAAUAUGGGGAAUGUACCUUCACCAAAUGCUCCUUUAAAGAGAGUGCUGGCUUACACCGGCUGCUUCAGUCGGAUGCAGACCAUUAAGGAGAUCCACGAGUAUCUCUCCCAGAGGCUCCGUAUAAAAGAAGAAGACAUGCGCCUCUGGCUGUACAACAGCGAGAACUAUCUUACCUUGCUGGAUGAUGAAGAUCACAGACUGGAGUAUCUUAAAAUCCAAGAUGAGCAGCAUUUAGUAAUAGAAGUUCGAAACAAAGACAUGAGCUGGCCAGAAGAGAUGUCUUUUAUAGCGAACAGCAGUAAAAUAGACAGACACAAAGUUCCUACUGAGAAGGGUGCUACUGGACUAAGCAAUCUGGGGAACACGUGCUUCAUGAACUCCAGCAUCCAGUGUGUCAGUAACACGCAGCCUCUGACGCGCUAUUUCAUCUCAGGAAGACAUCUUUAUGAACUUAACAGGACAAAUCCAAUAGGAAUGAAAGGACACAUGGCCAAGUGCUAUGGGGAUUUGGUGCAGGAGCUGUGGAGUGGAACUCAGAAGAAUAUAGCACCGUUAAAGCUGCGGUGGACAAUAGCAAAAUACGCUCCGAGAUUUAAUGGCUUUCAACAGCAAGACUCACAGGAGCUUCUGGCAUUUCUUUUGGAUGGUCUUCAUGAGGAUUUGAACAGAGUUCAUGAUAAGCCAUAUGUUGAACUGAAAGACAGUGAUGGUCGGCCAGACUGGGAGGUAGCGGCAGAGGCCUGGGAAAACCAUCUGAGAAGAAACAGAUCCAUUGUUGUAGAUUUAUUUCAUGGGCAGCUGAAGUCACAAGUAAAAUGUAAAACUUGUGGACAUAUAAGUGUUAGAUUUGACCCUUUUAAUUUUUUGUCCUUGCCUUUGCCAAUGGAUAGCUACAUGCACCUAGAAAUUACAGUCAUUAAAUUAGAUGGUACUACUCCGGUUCGAUAUGGCCUGAGAUUGAACAUGGAUGAGAAGUACACAGGCUUGAAAAAACAGUUAAGUGAGCUCUGUGGGCUGAAACCAGAACAGAUCCUACUUGCAGAAGUUCAUAGCUCCAAUAUAAAGAACUUUCCUCAAGACAACCAGAAAGUCCGGUUGUCAGUGAGUGGGUGUUUGUGUGCAUUUGAAAUACCAAUUCCAGGAUCCCCUACAUCGGCAUCAAGUCCUGUGCAGACAGAGGUCUCGACUGGGCCAUCAGCUAAUGGAGCACCCACCAUAAUGAUGAACGGGGACCUCCCAAAGCCAACCCUCAUCCCAAAUGGGAUGCCAAAUACUGUGGUGCCAUGUGGGACGGAGCGAACCCUUCCCAGCUGGACUCUCAACGGUCACGUGCCAUUGCUCUCCGACAGUCCCUGCACGGGGUACAUCAUCGCAGUCCACAGAAAAAUGAUGCGGACAGAAUUGUAUUUUCUGUCGUCUCAGAAGAACCGCCCCAGUCUCUUUGGGAUGCCACUCAUUGUGCCCUGUACGGUUCAUACACGGAAGAAAGACCUGUAUGAUGCCGUGUGGAUCCAGGUUUCCAGACUGGCCAGUCCCCUCCCGCCCCAGGAGGCCAGUAACCACGCACAGGACUGUGACGACAGCAUGGGUUACCAGUACCCCUUCACCCUCAGGGUGGUUCAGAAGGAUGGAAACUCUUGUGCGUGGUGUCCAUGGUACAGAUUUUGCCGCGGCUGUAAAAUUGAAUGCACAGAAGACAGAGCUUGCGUUGGGAACGCUUACAUUGCCGUGGACUGGGAUCCAACAGCCCUCCAUCUGCGCUACCAGACGUCGCAAGAACGGAUUGUAGAAGAACAUGAAAGCGUGGAGCAAAGCCGGCGAGCUCAAGCAGAGCCCAUCAAUCUGGACAGUUGUCUUAGAGCCUUCACCAGUGAGGAAGAGCUGGGGGAGGAUGAGAUGUACUACUGUUCCAAAUGCAAGAUCCAUUGCUUGGCCACCAAAAAACUGGAUCUUUGGAGACUUCCCCCUAUUUUGAUCAUUCACCUGAAGAGAUUUCAGUUCGUUAACGGCCGUUGGAUAAAAUCUCAGAAAAUUGUGAAAUUUCCCAGAGAAAAUUUUGACCCAAGUGCCUUUUUGGUACAAAGGGAUCCAAGUCAUUUUCAGAGGAAGCAGCUGACGCUGCAGAGCGACAGCCUCCCCGAGCCACGGGCUCUCCAGGGCGAGUCAAGGAAAAUCGACCUGCAGAUCACGUACACACCGGGAGAAGGAGACACCCUCAACAGGAGUCCCUCCUCCCUUAACACUACUGUCUUGAAUAAUAUCAAAGCAUCUCCGUCUUUGGGAAGGAAAAGCGGAACCAGCUGCCCUUCAAGUAAAAACAGUAGCCCAAAUAGUAGCCCAAGGACUUUAGGAAGAGGUAAAGGGCGUCUGCGGCUACCGCAACUGGGGAAAAACAAACUGUCAAGUAGCAAAGAAAAUUUGGAUGCAAGUAAAGAGAACGGUACUGACCAGGACCAGAGACUGACUUCUGAUCAAGGUGAUGGUCUUACGAGAGGGCAGAUGUUGGGUGGCAGCCAGAGUGACCUGGACACUGCUCAGGACAGUGAGGUGACUCUGGCCAACGGGUACAUCUGUGAGCAGAACGCCUAUAGCAAUGGCAGCAUCAACGGCCAAAUGGAUAACCACAGCGAGGAUGAUAUUGCAGAUGACCAAAGAGAAGAAGUAUGUGUUAACCCUAUUUACAAUCUAUAUGCAAUCUCGUGCCAUUCAGGAAUUAUGGGAGGGGGUCAUUAUGUCACUUAUGCCAAAAACCCGAACAACAAGUGGUACUGCUACAACGACAGCAGCUGUAAGGAAUUGCAUCCCGAUGAGAUCGACACCGACUCUGCCUACAUUCUCUUCUACGAGCAGCAGGGGGUGGACUAUGCACAAUUUCUGCCAAAGAUAGACGGCAAAAAGAUGGCAGACACAAGCAGCAUGGAUGAGGAUUUUGAGUCGGAUUAUAAGAAAUACUGUGUUUUACAGUAAGCAGGUGAUCUUCCACCGACUGUUCUGAGAACGGGAGGGAAAACAGCCUGAGACUUACAUUUGGCAAAAAUGUUCUUGAAACAGAUAACUUCAGUGUAGUUAUUGUCCCCUGUGACCUGAAAGCACAAAAAGAAAACCCUAAUUAAAUAGCAGUUAAUAUAAAGAUAGUAUUGUUUUGUUCUGUUAUCUCACUACAUGCUCUAAACAUUUCUGAUGUUAGACAUCAGGCUGAGACUGCCAUUGGCCUUUAAAUAAAAUGGUUUGAGAAAAGCCGACUAGGACCAAAUAAGAGCUAAAUUAAAUAGUCCAGGUAAGAGCUAAACAGAGUAGUGUAGAGUUUACCAACUGUUCUAACAAACCCCUAAGGCUCUCUUUAGGUUUAAGAUAAUGGGGAAAAAAAAAUCGUAGUGUUGUCUCUGGACAACAUGAUAUUGCUACCUCCUUUUUCCUGCAGUUUUAUUGCAUUUUAUUGGCAAAACAGGGAAAGCAAGAGAAUGAAAAGUGCACAAACUUAAAGAAUUAUCAUCAAGAGUAAGAGAAGUUUCCAGUUUUGCCACCACUAACGCGUGUCAGUUGCUUUCUUUCUGUAUGUUGGGAGCACAACCAAAUCAUAAUUAGAGAAGAGAUUAAUUUCUACACUCGAAUGGUUGAUUAUAAUUGUGUUUUCUCCACGUGUUGGCUGUGCAGAUCAACAUGUUUCAGGAAUGGCUUUUCUGCCUGAAGGGCGCUAUCUCAACCUUCAGAGAUGCCUCCAGAAGAAGCUUCAGGUUGAAGAGAAUAGUUGCGAUUGCACGCGCGGUGUCUUAAAAUGUGCACAUUGCACAAAAAGUUCCCAGCUUUUGGAAGGAAAGAUGCUUGAGCUUAUGUUUCAUGACUGGUGUUGCUUUUAAAUUUGCACUUUUUGAAAAUUCCUAGAAUUAAAUUCAAAAACAUAGUUUGUUUUUGUUGUUGUAAGGGCUCUGGAGUGAAUGGCUGUGAAUUAUCCACUGUGUAUUUCAAACAAAUAAGAAGCUGUGGCUGUCAGGUAGCUAUCGUAGCAUUCAUGGAUGAGGGGUUUUUUUAUCGGUUUCAUGAUUUAAUGGAGUUUCUUAUUUUCAAAAUUUGGUUGCCUUUUCAAAUUUUCUUGGGUUUUUUUUUUUUUUUUCGCAAUGGGUUAUGCAUAUACUUGCAGUUAAACCAGAAUUGCUUUCCGUGCCCUUGCAACAUGCUCUUUUAAGUCAGUGGGCUGAUUGCACGAAGGAAAGCAUGGCUGAGACUGAGCAGAGACUGGAAAAAAGAUGGUUAUUUUUUGAGUAGGCAUUUCUGUAAACAAUUUCAGUGUUAAAUUGUUUGCGUAUCUGAAUGAAGAUAAAAGUUUCACUCUUUCGGCCUUUUGUUCUUCAGCUGAGUCUAAGCAGCUUCCUAAUUUUGUCAUAUGUCACCUUCCAAAUUCUUUACAUUUCGUAUCUUCGCUAACAAAACGGAUGCUUACACGGUUGAUCUCGGAAACAGAUGUUUGGAUUCAUUUUAAUGUGUUUUACAAGAAUGCCAAACCUACCAGUGAGAUUGUAAUUUCCAGAAAUAUCUGAGUUUUAUCCAUUUCAGAAGUUCUCUGGGCUGAUCUGGCUGUCUUUACCCAGGCAAAAACCUCCCUGCCUCUGCUGGAGGUUGUGCCUCUCUGGGGCCAGCAGAGCGGUUCCAAAGUAAGUGUUCUCUGCCUGGUGACGUGUUGCUCCCUGUUCUCCACGGUCUUUUAUCUUUAAAGUGGUCUAAACAUCAAGACUGAAGAAAAGCAAACAUGACUUGUGAAUUUCUAGGUUAGAAGCUUUUUCGAUACCCAUUUGUCUACUCCUCCCUACGCAAACUCCAUGAAAAGUGAAAGAUUUUCAACUGAUUUACUUUAAAAUGUUUUAUUUAAGCAGGUAGCACAAUCUACUAAUGUUAUUUGAUCUUCUGUGUUUGUUACAUUGGUUGUAAUUAAUUUUUUAAAUUAAAUUAAUUCAUGAAUUAGUAGUAAAUUUAUUAAGUUAACUAUUAACUACAUUCACUUUGUAAAUUAUUGUAUAAAACUUAUUGAAAAUGCACUGACUUUAGAAAGAUGUUAAUGUACAUAAAUACCUUGUAAAUAAAAUAGUGUUGAUGUACUGGAAUAUGAGCUGUAUUAAAAAAAAGGUAUCGGUAAUUGUAUAUGGAGUGAACCUGUUUAUCUGUAACUAUAUUAUUCAGACAAAUUAAAUACUGUGGAUGCAGAUGAAGUGUCA